AGUUUGUUCAUUUCUAAUUUGACUACAACAUCCUUUAUGGGCUGACGGUUUUUAUACUGACUGUUGACGUGUCUCAUAAAUAAUGAAGUUGAUAUUCAAAAUAUUAAUUGGUUUGAGUGCGGUGGUGAUUGAAGCAUUGGAAAUCACAUCCGGGAAAGUAUUCAGCCGGCCCACCGGUAGGGCGACAUCGUGCAAUUUAACGGGAAAUUCCAUAGACGAACUUAACGCAAUCAAAUCCUCUUGCAAGAAUAUCGUCAUAGAAAACCUCCGCGUUCCAGCUGGUAAAACUUUAGAUUUAACAGGAAUAUCGGAUACAUCGAUUACAUUUAGAGGAAACAUUUCGUUCGGAUACGCAGAAUGGAAGGGGCCGUUGGUUUUGAUUAGUGGCAGUAAUGUAAAUAUAACAGGUGAAAGAGGACACGUGUUCGAUGGUCAGGGUGCUAGAUGGUGGGACACCCUCGGUGGUAAUGGUGGCGUUCGAAAACCAAGAUUUUUCAAAAUCCGAUAUUUGUACAACGGAGUUGUGAACCAUUUACAUUUUCUUAAUUCACCACGCCAUUGUUUCGCCAUCCACAACUGCACCAAUAUAACGGUAAAUAAUGUAGUUAUGAACACGAAAGACGGAGAUACCCAAGGAGGUCACAACACCGAUGCAAUUAACGUGAAAGGUUCCGAAAACGUAUUCAUCAGCGACACUAUUGUAUACAAUCAAGACGAUUGUUUGGCCGUUAGAUCCGGAAAAAACAUCCAUUUCAAAAAAGCUUUCUGUUCUGGUGGUCAUGGGAUGUCGAUUGGAUCGGUCGGCAACAGGACAAAUAACGUUGUUGAAGACGUUUACAUCACCGAUUCUAUUGUGGUGGACUCCGAGAACGGAGUUAGAAUAAAAACGGUAGUCAAUGCGACUGGAUUAGUUUCCGGUGUUACUUAUAACAACAUUACCAUGAGGAAUAUAACCGACUUUGGAAUUUUGAUGCGAGGCGAUUAUAUGAAUAUGCCGGGUCCUACAGGCACUCCCGGCAAUGGCGUUCCAAUCCUUAACGUUACCAUAACAAACGUACGUGGCACAGUUCAACCGAACGGGACCAAUAUUUACAUUCUGCUUGGCCAGGGUGUUGCCCAGAAUUGGUAUUGGAACGAUAUAGACAUUUCGGGUGGAACCAGAAGAAGAGUAUGUCAAGGAAUACCUCCAAAUUCCGGUGCUUUUUGUGCAUAAGAAAAAUUAUUUACUUUCAAUUGUAUCUUCUUCGUAUACACAUAUAUAUAUGUCUAAAUUGCGCACUAUCCUGUUUGUCAUGAAAUAUGAAUAAAAUAAAUAAAUUACCCUACUC